AUGCCUGUCGAAUCCCAAAAUAUUUACGACAACCCCAGGGUUCUUCAUUCAGUACGGAAAUCUCCCUCGAUCUCAACACGGUCUGCUGGCCGCACCAGAAUGGCCUAUUCUGGAAGAUAUGAUCCUCAACCCCAAGUCCUCUCCCACAAAACUAUCAGAAACCCCUCUAUAAGGAUCUCGGGUCCUGGGCCUAGGGUGUGGUUAUGGCUGGUUCGUCUGCUGAGCCCGUGA